GAAACGGGAUUCCCCGCCCUAAGGCAUUGUGGGAAGCGGCUGGUCGUUACAGGCCUGGUGCAUUCUGGGAAGGAUCGUCCUGGGUCCUUGUGGACAGCUGGUCCCUUUUGUCACACCUUGCACUGAGCAUCCCGGAAGCGUGGAGGGCUUCGACACAGAGCACCUUGGAAGGUGGUCAUUAUAGCAUCCCUUUCUACCGGCUGACACUUUGCGUUAGAAACUUGUGACCGUGGAGAGCUGGCAGGGGAGGGACACUGCCCAGCUGUUGCUCUGCUCCUGUCUCCUGUCCUCUCCCCGGCCAUGACAGAGACCCGUGAGCCAGCUGAGACUGGGGGCUACGCCAGCUUGGAAGAAGAUGAUGAGGAUCUUUCUCCAGGCCCCGAGCACUCCUCUGACUCCGAAUAUACUCUCUCAGAGCCAGACUCCGAAGAGGAAGAAGAUGAGGAGGAGGAGGAAGAGGAGACCACAGAUGAUCCCGAAUAUGACCCUGGCUACAAGGUGAAGCAGCGCCUAGGGGGGGGCCGCGGGGGCCCUUCCCGUCGGGCCCCCCGUGCAGCCCAGGCCCCGGGCCCCCCGGCCCAGCCCUGCCAGCUCUGUGGCCGCUCACCCCUUGGGGAGGCCCCUCCAGGCACCCCACCUUGCCGGCUCUGCUGCCCUGCUACAGCCCCCCAGGAAGCACCAGCCCCUGAAGGCAGGGCCCUCGGGGAGGAAGAGGAGGAGCCGCCUCGGGCUGGGGAGGGCCGACCAGCUGGGAGGGAGGAGGAGGAGGAAGAGGAGGAGGAGGAGGGCACCUACCAGUGCACUGAGUGUGAGGAUUCCUUCGACAACCUUGGGGAGCUGCAUGGCCACUUCAUGCUGCAUGCCCGGGGGGAGGUGUAGGCAGAGCCCCCCCACCCAGGGAGCUUGGCUGAAGGAGCGGGGUGGGAGCAGGGGGCUGAGGAAAUUGGGGUGUUCAUGGUGGUCAUGGGGGUUGGGAUAUCUGUGUCGUCUUAGAGUAGAUGUGUGAAGGCCAGAAUAAAAGCCAAAUUCUGU